UCAUCAACUCCGGCUACAGACCAAAAAUGCUACUCUCUUCGUCGUCCAAGUGAAACCCCAAAUACUCAGCACAAACCAUUUCAACAUCAAGUGAAACCCCAAGUGAAAUGGUUUGCGGCCUCUACAAGACAAUCGCGGCCAUCCAUUUCGAGGCCGACGAGUUCCAGCGCCUGAUCCAACGGCAGGAGACGGUCGACGCCGUGAGGAGCAGUGAGCGGGAGAAGCUGAGGAUGAACGAGGCGCUGAUGAAGUUGCUACUGAGUUUGGACUCCGUGCCCGGGGUGGACCCCACGGUGAGGGAAGCAAGGAGGAAGGUGAGCCGUCGGAUCGUGGGGCUGCAGGAGAUCGUGGACGCGAUUGUUCAGGAAGACGUGGAGGGGUUCUGGGGUGGGUGCGGCGGUGGGUUUGGGAGGGACUACUGGAACGACGUCAUGGCGGAGAUGGAGGAGGGGUGUGUAGGGAGAGAGGAGGUCGGAAAUGGAGAGGUUUUCUGCUGAGUAUUUGGGGUUUCGCUGCCGAAAAUUUCUAAUCCAGAUCCGAGAGAGAGAGAGAGU